CUGAAAACCCAAUCACUCAUGAAAGUUACCCCUCCAACCCCUCCAUUCCUUCUUUUCCUUCUACCCCUCCUACAAUAGCACGACCCCAACAAAUCACCAUGCCACCAAAGAAAGCAACCGAAGAUGUCAAGAGCAAUGUCGUUGCUUUUGGACGGGUUCGAAAGAAUCUGAAGAUGGGAUGUGUGGGCUUGCCUAAUGUGGGCAAGUCGUCGCUGUUCAAUCUCCUGACGGAUCAGAAUGCUGCGGCAGAGAAUUAUCCCUUCUGUACGAUUGAGCCGAAUGAGGCGAGAUGUGCUGUUCCGGAUGCCAGAUAUGACUUCCUCUGCGACCUUUGGAAGCCACCCUCCAUGUAUCCAGCUUACCUUCAAGUAACCGAUAUUGCUGGGCUCAUUAAAGGAGCUUCGCAGGGUGAAGGACUCGGCAAUGCUUUCCUCUCACACAUCCAAGCCGUGGACGGAAUGUUCCACAUAGUGCGAGCAUUCGACAAUGAUGAAGUGCUGCAUGUUGAUGAUUCGAUCGACCCCGUCAGGGAUUUGAAUACCAUCCAGAGUGAACUCUGUAAGAAGGAUUUAGAUAUUCUUGCCAAAACAAUUGUCUCCGAAGAAGCGGUUGUAAGGAAAGCAGGCGGGAAGUUCAAGAUGAACCCGCUCUUCCCUAGUACGGUUACCAAGAUCAAGGCUAUGCUAGAGAAAGAUCAACCUGUCAGAGACGGAUCCUGGACAUCGGCAGAAAUUGAACUCAUCAAUGAGAAGAUGCAACUUAUAACCACCAAACCCACAAUCUACCUCGUCAACCUAACAAUGAAAGACUACCUCCGCCAAAAGUCCAAAUACCUCCCCCUAAUCGCAAAGUGGGUAACCGAACACGGGGGCCUCCCUAGAGACAUCAUUCCCUUCUCCAUCGAAUUCGAGGAGAAGGUAUACAGCUUCAAGGAUGAUAAGGAGGGCUUGGAGGAAUGGUUGAAGGAGAAUGGUGGUGGCAAGGUGAGGAGUCGGUUGGAGAAGAUUGUUACCGAAGGAUUCACGAAGCUGGGUUUGCAGUAUUAUUUUACCGCCGGCGAGAAAGAAAUCCGCUGCUGGACUAUCCCACGUGGAUGUCUCGCUCCUCAAGCAGCGGGGGCUAUUCAUGGCGAUUUCGAGCGCGGCUUCAUCAAAGCGGAAGUCGUUGCUUACCAGGAUUUCCAUGAUUUGUGUGAGGGUGGGAAGUCCAUGGGGCCGAUCAAAGCUGCUGGGAAGUACAGACAGGAAGGACGGGGAUAUGAAGUCAAGGACGGAGACAUCAUCCAUUUCCAGUUCAACGUCGCGCCAGCGAAGAAAUAGCGGAUAUGAUAUUCAAGAUGGAAACGAAAAGGG